AUGGCCCCUCGCCCGCCAUCGGGGACAGUCACCAUUCCAUGGGAUAAGGCAGUCCCUCUCGCAGCCCUCGUCGCUGGUUUCAGGAAAGGAUGGAUCGACUCGUGGUGGAACGAGCACCUCUUCCAUGUCGACUUGCGACUCGACGUCUCCAAGCCGCCCUUUGCCAGCCAUCCCUCUCUUCGCAACAAUUUCUGCACCUGGUGGCUCAUGAGCCCUCGCCAGGAGGAAGACGUGGUCGCAUACCUCGAACGUCUAGCAGGCAGGAUCGAAGAAGGGCGAUUCGAUGCACGGCGCGAGCUGCCUCCAUUCAGCAAGGUCGCAGUAGACCUGGGAGUCUACCUGGGGUCUACUCGCAGCGAGGAAGAUGAGUUUGGCUUGAGUGCUCGGCUCCAGGCACAUGCCGUGAAGAAGGCGAAGAACUGGGGUUUCAGCUCUCGGGCGAGGCUCGUACCUUACUACUCUCAGUCACAACACGUUCCGAUCCUGACUCAAUUCUCUGUGCGGAGUGUUGAAAAAGCACUGCUAAGCGUGCACGCUGGCGUCGAGCGUGAAGGUAUCAACCUCGAGGCGUUCAAGGCGUGGGGCAGAACUUGGUGGAUGAGGCUGUUUGCGGCGCAUGCGGACAAGGCCUACCUCGCGCUCUGGUACUGCCUGGCGGAGGCUGAGCGCGGCGAGGCCAUUGACUUCUUUGUCCACUGCGGCCUCCGGCUGUUGAGCGAACGUGAGCAAGCGCUCUUACCAUUCGAGAACUCGCCGCUUGCGCAAGAGCUACGGGACCCGCAGGCUGCCCGCGCUCUCUCCGCGAGGCGCACUCUUCGUUCGUCGAUCGCCACUUCUUCGUUGCUGUCGCUUGUGACUCGAGCUGAUCUGCCUCGACUUGCAGUCCUUGCGGCCUUCGAGCAGGGCGCAGUCAUCAAGACAGGGAAUGAAGGCUACGACCGCUGGCCUGACAUGCCCGAGUUCCUUCAGUCGAGCGCGAACUCGCUCGGCACUUCCCUCCUCCACAACUACUCGCACCGCCAGCGCGCCAUCUACCCCAUCUAG